ACCAGCCCAAAACCAAAACCUCAAGAGCAGCGCAGUGCACCAGCUCCAUCACAAAUCAGAAACAGAAUCAGCCCAUUUGUCUCUGUCGUGGUUGUCGGUAGUUAAUUUUAAUUUCAUUUUCGUCAAUUUUAAGAAAGAAAAAAAGCUCGAUCUAGGACAAAGCACACACAACUUCCUAUCAAAUGGGUUUUCAUUAAUCCAAUUGAGAAGAAAAGUUAUCAAAACAAAAUUAAAACAAAAAGAAAAACAUCAAAUUCAAGGAAAAAUCGAAUCGAAUUUUAUUUUUCCUUGAGAUAAAAUUUGCUUUUAUCACGUUCAUUCAUCGCGAGUAAUAUCGACGACAAAAAAAGAAAAAGAAGAAAACCGUGUGUGUAUCUGUGCCAUAAUAUUCAACUCAAUCAAAAUCAAAUGAAAAGGAAAACUUUUGUGAAUUUUGUACGAAAAACGAAAAAAUAAAACAUAAUUUUCCCAUUGAAGAAAAAUUAAAUUUAAAAGCAAAUCCUUAAAAUACAAAUUAAUAAAAAAAAAAAGAAACAAAUUAGUUCCUGUCGCUACUUGAAUUAUUUCUUUUUACUUUUCAUCUCGCUUCUCCGUUGAUGUCUUCGUUUCUUUUUAUUCAUUUAUGCCGUUUUGUUGUGUGUGUAGUUAUUUUGGAAUGAAAUUCUUGUCGAUUUUUUCUCAAAGAAAAAUAUAAUCUGAAGGAAAAGAAUUAACACUAAAGUGCAAGGAGCACAGAGACUGUGGUGACAGAACGAGUGUAAGUGAAAGAGCUAUAAGUAUAAAAAAGUUGUAUACACUACAAAAACAACACACUUAUCUAUAAACCGUGAGUGUAUGAUUGAGAAAGAAUAGGAGUGAGUGAUUUAUCCGAAGAAGAAGAAGAAACAACAACAAAAAAACAUUUUUAUUCCAAUUUGAAUUUGGUUUUGGAUUAGAGAAGCAAAUUUAUUUUAAAUUGUGAAAUAAAAAAACAGAUAAACACUUAUCGGUUUUGAUCUUUGGAUUGGUUUUAAAAAUUUGAGCAUUUUCAAAACUAUAACAAACGGAAAACGGAUACUUACAAGGCGUCGUCCGUUCUAAAUGCUGAAAUUGUGGGUGGAAGGACAACCACCAGAAACGCAAACAUCUAUAAUACAUCAGGAAACAAAAACAACAACAACAUUAAAAACAAUAACAUCGAGAAAACAAGCUGUUAUCAGGGAAAAUCACCGUCACCAUCGAUUCCUCAAAUAUUUACCCCUCUUGCGGCUAUCGAUGAUACAGACCAAUGCGAUACAGAAGAUGAGAUACCAGCUUCCGUGAUAAGCAGUGUUGGCACAAUCAACUACCAACGUAAACAGGCCUUAUCAUUUUCAACAGCCUCAGUAGGAACGAUCGCAACAACAACUGCCCAUGAAAUCUAUAUUGUUUCACCAACGCAAUCUGCGGCCCCAUCAAAAUACAAAUCAGCUAUUAUAACGAAUGGUGGGGGUAGUGGCGGUGGGCUACUCAAUUCAACCACCAUCGGUUGUACAGAAGUCGAGACGACAGCCGGCGAUGCUGCGAAAAUGGUUAGAUCUACGUCGGCGUCGACAACAGUUCUCAUAACGAAUCAACAAUUAGUUCAGUCGAACGCCCAAAACGCUAGACAUAAUAUUCCAUCACCAAUCAAGAUGGUUAUACCGGCCACAAGCCAACAUCAGCAAGUGUUGCAGCAACAACAACAGCAGCAACAACAACAGCAGCAGCAUCAGCAACAGCAGCGUCAACAGCAACAACAACAGCAGCAGCAGCAUCAACUUCAACAACAAUAUCAACAACAACAACAUCACUUGCAACAACAACAACAGCAGCAGCAGACACACCCUCAGCAACAACAACUGUUGCAACAGUCUCAGCAGCAUCUGCAACAACAGCAACCACCACCACGGCUGCAUCCAAAAAAGCGAAAAUUUGACCCAGCUGAGCUGGAGAGAAUGGAUCAUCCGAAGGUGCAGCAGCUGCUUAUAUCAGAAGGAGGUGGAGGUGGUUGUGACGGAAAUGAGACUGGUUCCAUGACGUUAAAAAAGGGCACUAACAUCAUUGUGUCCGCACCCAAUUGGCAGCCUACAUCAAAUACAGCAUCAAAUGAAACUGUUUUCAUAAGAUCGAUUCCACAUCCAGGCAAUACCACCACUCAGAACAUCGGCCGUCUGACCAAUAUGGAGAGUCCCGAUAAGAAAAUCAUCAUAGCGAGCCCGCAAAAUUCUUAUAAAUUCCAAAAUCUACAAACCAUAACAACAAUCAGUAACAAUAGCAACAGCCGAUCGAAUUCAACAACGCAACAACAAUACAAUAUUUCUUAUCAGCAACAACAGCAGCCCCAACAGAAUAAUGCUCCAUCAUCAGUUGGAGUACUAGAUUUAAGUGAAUGGACCAAUACAAGGGUUUUGGCUAAGCUAGGCAACUAUUAUGCUUCGGGAAUUAUUCGACCAGCCGAAACAACUACACCUAACUCGGUUUGUGUAGAAUUUGAUGCGCCCGAAAAUCGCACACAAUUGUAUACGGAUGUUUUGGCUGCUGGUCGAUAUAGUGUAAUUUUGGAUGCAAGUCCUCCAGCAGCAGAGAUCAAUAUUAAUACACGAGUUUGUGUUCGAACACAAAUUGAAGGGAGACCAGGCCAUGUUUUCAUUGAGGGUUCCGUGACUGAUAUGAAUCUGACCACCAAACAAUUUUCAGUACAAAUUGGCGAUUCAAACUCUGCACAAAUAAUUAAGACAGUAAAAAGAGCUGAAUUACGUUUAUUACAACCGCCUUGGUGGGAUGAACUCAAUGAAGUAGGAAAAUACUCAAAUUCACGCAGCAAUAGUGUUAUUGGACAACAAAACACCGAUAUUCUAGAAGGAAGAACGGGCCAACGUAUUAUCAAUAAAAGCGGGCAUAUUGUUAUAAACAAUUCCGAAACAAAUAUUAUUUACACGAGCCGUGGUGAUGUCCUUCAUAAAGCACCUUCUCAUCAAGUGGCUUUCGUUACUGCUAGAUACGAACCAUGUGGAAAAAUAAAUACUGGCGGAGGACAUCAUACCCCAACAUCUGUAAGUAACAAUGGUGGUAUUAGUAGUAAUUCAACUGCUCCACUGCAAAUACAUCAUGUCCUGCCAACUCUACAGCAUAACGAGGAAUAUUAUCGAACUACAGCAACAUCGCCUUUUCAGUCGUCAGCUAUGUUAAAUAACAAUGAAGGCACAGCGGGCAAUGGGAAUGGAAAUGGGAAUGGGGGACAUAUUCCUGACAUAAUAGUGUCGCAGAGUUUGGCACAUAAGGUGCAGAGUCCAUCAACGGAAGAUAUUCACCGGCGGCAAAGAUCAUACGAUGAUUAUGAAUCAGACGAUGAAUUGAAACGUGUUGAAAUCAGUGGCUAUGCAAUGGACGGCGAUGUAGAGAAGCUAUCUGGUGGAAGUAAGAGGAGCAGCAUGCAAAGUCGAGGUAGUACUUCCAGUCUUCUCGAUCAGAGGCUCACCCCACGAUCUCAUCCAGCAACUCCAAGAUCUCAAGCGACAACACCCCAUCGUUUUAAGAAGGGCGAUGUCGUUCAGUCGGAAUCUGGUGUACGUAAGAAAUUUAAUGGAAAACAAUGGCGCCGGUUGUGUUCGAAUCAAUCGUGUUUGAAAGAAUCUCAACGAAGAGGUUAUUGUUCGAGGCAUUUGAAUCAGAAAGGUAGCACAUUACGAUCCACUGGACCAAGUCGGUUUCCAAGUGAUAUUAGUAGUCGAUCGAGCAGUAAAACUCAGGUUGAUGAAGAGACUUCCCGUGAUUCGGAAACUUCGCCGAACUAUCGAGUAGCAGGACGAUUCGAUCAAGAAGAAACUGAUGUUGCGAAUAUGCUGGUGUCACUGAGUAGCUCUCGGUCGGCUACUCCAUCGUUUUCAUCACCUGUCAAUCAUGGCACCUCUCCCAUGAACAAUAAUCAUUCGCCGGUGACUGUGUCCAAUCGACAAAACUUCUUUACACCAAUCGGUGGUCCUGCGCCACCUGAAUCGACGACAAAAUGGAAGAAUUCUCCCAGUCCAGUGCUUUACAAUGUUGGUUAUUCUCAAGUGAUACGACCGGAAUCGGUAAGAGCACAACAACCUGCACCACCGGUCUGUUCACAGCAGCAACAGCAACAACCCCAACCUCCGCUGCCACCCCAGCAACAGCAUCAACAACAUCAUCAACAGCAACAGUUAAUGCAAAAACAACAACAACAAAUGCAACAACCACCUCCACAACAACAACAACAGCAGCAAUCUUCGACAAUUCAGCAGCAACAGCAGUCAACAGUGCAAACGACUGUUGGCCAUGCAACCAGUGUAAUAAGGAUCUCACCAGCUUCCAACAGCUACCAGACAUUUCAUCCGGUAAUUGUGGACGCAUCUCAAUUGGUGCCUGUGUUGCCACCGGCAGCACCUGUAGCACCAACUCAACAGUCACAAAUACAACAACCUGUGGUUGCCACACCAGCACCACCUCAACAACCAAGUGAAAAAACGAUUCCAAAAAACGGGAUUAACCAUGGGUCGACGUUUCAAUGGCACACGCUCCUGCCACUGAUUAAUUCUCCUGCGAAACAACAACAACAGUCGACACAAGCAACGCCAUCAGCAUCAUCGACAUCGAUGACCUGUUCGGUCCCAAUGGAAUCCCCCGUUAGUGCUAAAUCGGAGCCCAUGCCCCACGAUGAAUGUGAUGAUCAACUAGACGAUGAUGUCUUUGAACCAACUCCACCAUCACAAAGAUUCGAACAUAAUAAUUCAACUGGUCACAAUGGUAGUGGCUACAGACAGGUUACCUUUAGCACAGGAGAAGCACUCGCAGCACCAGAUAACAGUAAUACCUGUCGGCCACCGCAAUCUGCAGCAACAGACAGCAACGAUGUUGCAGAGGCAACAGCAGCAGCAACCGCAGCUGCCAAAAGACGUUCCCAGUCUUUAAGUUCACUGCAAAAUGCAUCUAAAGAACCCAUGAGUCCUAUGACAAAGACUAAAAUUCGCCGACCAAUGAAUGCUUUUAUGAUAUUCUCCAAAAAACAUCGCAAGCUAGUUCAUAAAAAACAUCCCAAUCAAGACAAUCGCACUGUGAGUAAGAUUCUCGGUGAAUGGUGGUAUGCGCUGAAACCUGAGGAAAAAGCAAAAUACCACGAACUGGCGAGUUCUGUAAAAGAUGCUCAUUUUAAAUUGCAUCCUGAAUGGAAAUGGUGCUCUAAGGAUCGAAGAAAAUCAUCAAGUUCUACCAAAGGUGAUGCAACCCGAGUUAGGAAUGACUCUGGAGAUGGCCCUGAUUCAUCUUUAGAUGAAAAGAGCCCAAAAACCCCAGCUGAUAUGCCUCUUCCUGGUCCGGAUAUUAUUCCCCUCACAAUUGCUGCCUAUAAUAUAGAUGAAAUAUCACCGACAAAACAAAGUAAUGGAAGUUACAUUCAAGACGAAGUACAUGUAAAGACAGAGACUUUGAGUGAAGAGGCUGCAUCGGAUGAUGAACAGAUGGUUAUUGCUGAGGAAAUGUCUAAUGCACCGGAUUCGGGAAAACUUAUUGAUCUAAAAUGUCGUGAGCGCGUUGCUGAUUCUGACAUGGAGGACUCUGUUUUUGAUUAUAGAACCAGCGCUGAAAAUAAACAUUCUAAUGUCAUUGAUCAGAAUCGUAUUCAAACGAUGCAGGAAAAUAAUAAUGUAAAACAUGAGGAUGUUUGCAAAGAACAACAGCAGCAACAGCAAAAUCAACAACAGAAGGUAUCUCAAGCACAACACCAACAGCACAAGCUUCAAAACCAACAACAAUUGCACCAGCAACAACAAGAAUUGCAGCAGCAUAAGCAACAACAAGAACUGCAGCAGCAUCAACAACAACAACAACAGCAGCAGCAGCAAAAACAACAUCAGCAACAGCAGCAGCAACAUCAUCAACAACAACAACAGCAGCAACAACAACAGCAACAACAACAGCAGCAACAACAACAACAGCAGCAACAACAACAGCAGCUAAAUUUACAAAAUGAGACCACCGCACAGUCCAGAGCUGCAAAUUCAACAACAAUAACUGCUAAUUCAGAAAGAGAUAUAACAUUGAAGCCAAAGCCAAUAAAAGCUCAACGGCCAAUUGAAAACAACAUCUUGAGCUAUCAGCAAAUUCCCAUGUACUCAUACAGUAGCCCAAAGAACCCUAUUGGUGUAACGCCAUUCCAACCUACAGGUGGUGCCUUUAAAACAAUGCCCAUCAGUCCAAAAGGUACAAAACUGGAGGAACAACCAGGGGAUGGCAGCAACACAAAUAACAACAAUAACACUUUUGUCAUCAAACAAGAAGAUUGUGAAAAGAAAAUCAAACAAGAACAAAUUUCUCCUUUCACUGUUAGUGGAGGUCCAACAGUUUUCACAUUCAAUAUGAAAGGCCCUUCAACGGACUAUGUGAGUAGUCCACUUUUAGGACCAUCAUCGAGCGGUGGUGCUGGCGGCAACUCGCUAUCCGAAUCAGCUAAAGCUUCAUUGACAGCAACUCCUUCCUCUUCGGCUUCCUCUUGUUCUUCUUUAUCUUCUUCUUCGGGUUCUUUACCGACAACAGCUUCACCACUAUCGGCCCCACCAACAAGUGUUGUUUCAUCCUCGGUUAUACCAACUGCUCAGAUUGUAACAACAAAGUCUGGACAAAAACAGAUUAUGUUAUAUUCAAAUCAUCAGGUGGCAUUUAUACCAAUGCAUGGGAAUGAUGAUCAACAAAACAAAAUUAAUCCAAGUUCUCCAAACGCUGUGCCAAUAAGUAAUAAUAACUCGGCAACACCAGCAGUGCAAUAUUUAUUUAAGAAAACCACCAACCAACAGACACCGAAUAAUCAACAGCAAACGCAAAGUACUGUUUUAAAUACGAUUUUGGUGCAGGGAUAUAGCCAAGUUUCCGAAGCAACACCGAUGUCACCAGGCUACAAAUCACUACCUACAACACCUCAAUCCUCUGGUGAUACAAAAGGAAGCCUUCCACAAUCGGACUCAGAUGUUGAAAAACAAACAAACGAAAAUGAGGACUCUGAAGGUCAACAAUUUGUAUUAGCUCCAACUCCAGCUCAAUUAGGUCGGGCUCCGUUACAACGUCGAAAAAAUAUGUUAGGUAAAAACGAUUCAACAUCGCAUUCGGCAGCUGAAACAGUAACGACAUCUGUCAAUUAUUCCACUGCCAGCAGUACUGAUGCAACAACAGUCGUUACUUCGAUAACACAAACUGCCGCCACAACUACGUUGUUGUCAACUGCUCUCCCAACACCAACAUCAUCAACUUCCAGUUGCGAUGAACAUCCAAAAUCGCCACAAAAGAAUAACCUUUCAAAAAAGAAAAACGACGAUAUGGAUAACGUCCUUAAACAAGUUGACUUUGAGAAGAAGUAUCAAGCUUUGCCACAAUUCAAACCAGAAGAUUGUCAGUCGCCAAGUGCUAUAUCAGUGCCAUCAUCACCACGUGUGUAUGGAACAAACUAUCGAAAAAAGAAUCCCGUGCAGAAAAUUCAUAGUGAAGAUGAAUCCACAGAGGAAAUGCCAAUGCAACGAUUCUUUGGACCUGAUUUUAAUAUCGAUCAGCUGAGAGAAAUGGAAACAAAUCCCGCUGGAAGAUCGCCUAGAACACCACAAACGCCAUUACAAAGUGCACGGUCUGAUGCUAGUGAAAAAGGCCAUCGAAAAGUACUCGAACAAAGGCGUAGCUUGGUAUUGCAGUUCUUUAGCGAACAUGGAAUGUUCCCUUCAACACAAGCUACAAUUGCAUUUCAUACUAAACAUAUUGACAUAUUUCCAAGGAAACAAGAUCUUCAGUUGAAAAUACGUGAAGUACGUCAAAAACAAAUGGGCAGCUUUACACCACAUUCAGCUGGGCCAGCCACGCCUAGUGAAAUAAGUACAGGAUCAAACGAUCAUCAGCAGCAUCCUAACUAUGAACAACAACAUCAGCACAAUCAGCAACAACAGCAAUUACAACAACAACAAUUACAACAACAGCAACAACAACAUCUUAAUCAACAAAAUCACCAGCAACAACAACAGCAACAGAGUCAAGCAUCCCAGCAAAAACAACAACAACAACAGCAACACUAAUAAAUACCAGCAAAUACAUAUAUCAAACCUAUCCCAAUUCGGCCGUACAAUUUGAAAAAAUGCCGUAUUAGCAAAAAUAUAAAAGGUAAAUAUCUAAGUAGGUUCUUUACUUACAUUUUUUUUUUCAAACAAACUUUUUAAGAUUGAUGAUUUUUAAUUGUAAAUAUUGAUUUAAAUAUUUGUAUACACUGCAUUUUGCAUGUAAAAUAUUCAGCUAGUUAUAUAAUUAAUCGAAGCUUUGUCUACAGAAAAAAAACUAUUUUGACUGUUUAGUUUUUCCUUCUUAAAGCGAUUUCUUCCAAACAAAUCAAAUUUUAAUUUAAUUUAGUUUUUUUUGCACAAAUUAAAAGUGUAGAAAAUAUAUACAAACAGCAUCACCUAUUUAAAAGUGCAGAAAGCUUGUAAUCUUUUUAUUUUCAAUUGCUUCCAAAAAGAUUAAAUCAUUUUGUAUAAUUUUAUUUGAAUACCUAAAAAUGUAUAAUUUUAAUCCUCUCAAUGGCAUUGUAGCUAUUUUAAAAUUUUAUCUUAUAAUUUUGUUUUUAUAAAAAACAUCAUUUUAACCUGUUAGUGUUGUGUCUUUUUAAACAAAAAAAAAAAACAAAAAAAAAAACAUAUUUUAUCUUAAGCUAGCUAUCCAUUUUUUAAUUCAAAUUUUAAUUAGAUUAUAGAAAAAUAGAAAUGAACUAAAAAAAAUACAUUUAUGUAUAUCC